ACUGGUUGGAGGCGGAGCGGAGCUACAAGGAGGCUCUGGUUUUAUGUCCCGUUUGUUUCAGCAGAGAGAGAGCCAUCCUGUUCUCCAACAGAGCUGCUGCAAGACUGCACCUGGGUCUGAAGGAUCUGGCGAUCUCAGACUGCACCAGAGCGAUAGAGCUGAAUCCAGACUACGUGCGGGCAUUGCUGAGGAGGGCGGAGCUUUACGAGCAGACGGAGAAGCUGGACGAGGCUCUGGAGGACUACAAGAAGGUUCUGGAGCGAGACCCAAACCAGACCACUGCCAGACAUGCCUGCAUGAGGUUGCCUCAGCAGAUUCAGGAGAGAAAUGAGAAGUUGAAGGAGGAGAUGAUGAGUAAACUGAAGGACCUGGGGAACCUGGUCCUGAGACCUUUCGGACUUUCUACCAACAACUUCCAGGUGAACCAGGACGCCGACACCGGCUCCUACUCCAUCAACUUCAUCCAGAACCCAAACAACAACAACAGAUGACAUCACUGCGGUACGGCGUGACAUCACGGCCAGUACAGUCACCUGUAGAUUUACCUGUGUGUGUUCAGGAAAAUAAACAAAUCGAUUUGC